AUGCUGGACGACGAAGAAGCCAUCGACUAUGGCGAGGACGAGCUUGUAGCACCGGUCGCUGGUCAGGAUGAGGUGAGCCUCACUUUGGACGAUGCGGCACAAGCGGACGAGGGCUCUGCGGAAGGGACUCCGGAGAAGGAGGAGGAGGCAACACUUCAAGAAGCCAAAAUUGCGGAGGCGGCCGAGGAUGCUGUGGGAUCGUCGGGUACUCCCGAUGAGGCUGCCGCUGGCGCCGACGAGGCAGGUGCUGCAGCUGUGACUGCCGACAAAGAGCAAGCAUUGGAUGCCGCCGCCAAAGAUGCUAGGAUCGCCGACAAGACGGACUCGGAUACCCCUAGGACCACGGAAGGCGACCGCCGUAGAGGUACAGACGACCGAAAGAGGGACGACAGCGACGAUCUCGCCCCCGGCUGGAGGGCCAUCAAGUCACGCUCGUCUGACGGCGAGGUCUACUACUACAACGAGAGGUCGGGCGAGAGCAGCUGGACCAAACCUACCGUUGGCAGUCAGUCUCGCGAUCGAGCGCCGCAACAAGGCUCCAGGUCGGCGGCCGAUGCCAAGACGGGCUCUGGCUCUGGCUCAGGUGCGGAGCAAUCAAAGAAGAAAAAGAAGAACAAGAAGAAGCGCGCGAGGGACGUUGCAAGGGCGGAUGCGGCUGCUGCAGCAGUGUCUGCGCAGCGAGGACGCGACGGUCGCGAUCGAGGCCAGGACAACGGCAGACAGAGGCAACAGGAUUCGGGUCGGAAGGAUGACUCGUCCAGGGCCAAAGAAGAUGCGAAAGUGGAGCAAGGAUUCAGCAUCAAAGGUUCAGCUCAGCGUCAGUCGGACCCGGUCGAUUCGAAGCAGCAGCAGCAAGGCAAUCAGAAAUCAACUGACUCCCAGCAAAGGCAAGGCGAAGCAGGAGGGAAGCGCAAGAGAGGCAACGGCGGGCAAGAGAAUGCACAGGGACGUGCCAGAGGCGAGUCGAACCAACAAGCUUCGAAUCGCGAUGCCAAGGCCGACGACGGAAAGCGACCGCGCACCGACCGAGACGAUCGCCGCAAGGAUGGUCGAUGGGGCGAUGACACUCCUCGCGACAGGCUGACGGGUGACUCCUGGCGACCCAGCGGUGACGGUGCAAGAGGCGCAUCGCGAUAUGCCGAUGAAGCUCGACGAGAUGACAGGCGUGAUCCUCCGCGUGAUCGCCAGCGAGACGCCGCACCGAGAGAUGCAGACACCAGAGACCGGGAUCGCGAUCGUAGGGACGAUCGUGGUCGGGACCGAGAGCGCGAACGAGAACGAGAGCGCGAGCGCGAGCGUGUUCAGGAUCAAAGACAAGCACCUCGAAAAGACGCACCACGCUCUGACUCAAACAAGCCGACAACAGGCAACGCAAGCGACGCCCGCGCCCAGUCAGACAGUAGAGGAAACGCCGAAAGGAAUGGAAACCGGAAUGAUAGAGACGCGAGGGAUGGGAAAGGGCAUCAGCAGCGACAGGCAGGGCCCAAGGGACAGCCGCGCGAUCUCAGCUCGAUCAACUCGACAGGCUCACAGAACAAGCGACAGUGGGGAGGAGCCGCUUCCAGCUGA